GCCUUGUGCGCCUGCGCGGCUUGGAAGUCGGCCUCCAAGUUGGGAGGGGAGAGGGCGGCGGGAGCCCGCAGGGAGAGGAGGAGGAGGAGGAGGAAGAGGCCCUCGUCGGCGAGGAGCGCGCUGCCCGACGCAAGAUGGCGAAUAAAGAGAUGUUCGAAGAUACGGUGGAGGAACGCGUCAUCAAUGAAGAAUAUAAAAUAUGGAAAAAGAAUACCCCGUUUCUGUACGACUUGGUAAUGACACAUGCUCUCGAGUGGCCCAGUCUUACUGUACAGUGGCUUCCCGACGUAACUAGGCCCGAAGGAAAGGAUUACGCUCUUCACUGGCUGGUGCUGGGGACUCACACCUCGGAUGAGCAGAACCAUUUGGUGGUGGCCCGCGUUCAGAUCCCCAACGACGAUGCCCAGUUCGACGCUUCUCACUACGACAGUGAGAAAGGAGAAUUUGGGGGCUUUGGAUCGGUAACUGGAAAAAUCGAAACGGAAAUUAAAAUCAACCACGAAGGAGAAGUAAAUCGGGCUCGCUACAUGCCUCAGAACCCCUGUAUCAUUGCUACGAAGACACCGUCUUCUGACGUGCUGGUUUUCGAUUAUACCAAACACCCCUCUAAGCCAGACCCAAGCGGCGAGUGUAAUCCCGACCUUAGGUUAAGGGGUCACCAGAAGGAGGGUUACGGUCUCUCUUGGAACUCCAACCUGAGCGGACACCUUCUGAGCGCAUCUGACGAUCACACCGUCUGUUUGUGGGAUAUAAGCGCGGGACCAAAGGAAGGCAAAAUCGUCGACGCCAAAGCGAUCUUCACCGGCCAUUCCGCCGUCGUAGAAGAUGUGGCCUGGCAUCUGCUGCACGAGUCCCUGUUCGGAUCCGUUGCCGAUGAUCAGAAGCUUAUGAUAUGGGAUACUAGGUCCAAUACAACCUCCAAGCCAAGCCACUCUGUCGACGCUCACACAGCUGAGGUCAACUGCCUGUCCUUCAACCCCUACAGUGAAUUUAUUCUAGCAACUGGCUCUGCCGACAAGACCGUUGCUCUGUGGGAUCUGCGCAAUCUAAAGUUAAAGCUCCACUCCUUCGAGUCUCACAAAGAUGAAAUCUUCCAGGUUCAUUGGUCACCCCAUAAUGAAACCAUCCUGGCUUCGAGCGGCACAGAUCGCCGUCUGAACGUGUGGGACCUAAGCAAAAUCGGGGAGGAACAGUCAGCGGAGGAUGCCGAGGACGGCCCCCCCGAGCUGCUGUUCAUCCACGGAGGACACACGGCCAAAAUAUCCGACUUCAGCUGGAAUCCCAACGAACCGUGGGUCAUCUGCUCCGUGUCCGAGGACAACAUCAUGCAGAUAUGGCAGAUGGCCGAAAACAUCUACAACGACGAAGAGCCCGACAUAGCGGCGUCAGAACUGGAGGGGCAAGGAUCCUAAAACUCCGUGCGUGCGGGAAGCGGCCAAGGAGCGUUUAAAUUAUCUUUGGGGUUUUUUGACUACUAUACAUUCAGAGUACCUUCUUAUCGAACGUGAUGCUACCCGGACGCCUGAGGGAUCAAGCGGCGAAAGAAGCUCGUAUAGUUGAAUUAUAAUGGGAUAGCACCUAGCCUUCCUUACCCCCCGAUUAUCUCAGCACUUUGAAGUGAGCUAUCGCAUACUCCGACAUUCAGCUAGCUAGGGAAAACCGGAAUGUCACGGUAGGGGCCUCCCGUCCGCUCGCUCUAAGCAUGGAUCGCAGGUUACCGCGUACGACUCGACGAUCGCGGAAGUUCUCAUCCCCCCCGACUCUUAAGUGCUUCUAAAUGUUUUUAUCGAUAGGCGAGAACCGCUUUGACUUUUUUCACGACACUUCCCGAUUGGCUUUGCAUAAAUAAACUUUUCGAAGAAA